AUGUCUAAAUUUCAAUAUAUUGUAGAUGGUUUAAUAAAAUCACAAGAAAUAGUAAGUGCUUUUAUUCAUGAUAUUUUAAACUAUGAAAAAAGCUUAACAUUAAUAAAUAAUGAAAGUCACUGGGCUAUAAACUGUGAACAAAUUCCACAACAUUAUCAUGGUUACUGUUUUUGGUGUUGGAAAACUGAUGACCAUAUGGUUAAAGAUUGUCUAGCCGAAAAAGCUACCAAACCACCUUGGCUAACAAUUCAAGAAUAUCAAGUUUUGCAAAAAACUCAAUUACAGUACCAUAG